GCAAUGGUCGCCUGCGCGGCUAACAUUAACGCUCCUCUAUGAAAUUAAGACACACGUUCACACUGCGGUGCGCUGGUUUGUAUCUAAUGGGGGAACAUGAGGAGGAUUCACAUACGGAGAUAUACGUCCGCCAUAGGAAGCGUUUCCUCGUUGCUUCAGAUGUGAAUCCAAGUGAAAACAGCUGCACGUCUUUAACGUGGAGCAGAUUAACGAGGCUGACGCGGAGGCGUCCGCUCCGGUUUCACUGGAGUGCGUCAGGAGAUGAAUGCAUCUAUGAAUUGAAAUGAAAUGAAAUUAAAUGAAAUGUUGGACGUGUUUAAUGCCUGUUUGUGCCGUUCUCAUCUUCGAUUCGCAGCUCUCAGGAGAUUAUUCUCCUGGAUGCCAGAAUAACCGGUGUGGCCACUACAUGACUAAUGGGGAAAGGUGUGUCCUGUCCCCACCUUUAGUCUGAAUAGAAGGGAUUCCUGGGAUAGUUUUAUCUGCACAUCCAACUCUGGACUGAGGACCAAAUAUCAUUUGGAGAUCCUCUUGGGACCCACUCAGUGCAGAAUUAGGUCAAGCUUUACUAAAACCAACUGAGCUCAAAAACAAGAAAACUAUAAGGUCAGAUAAGAAUAAUGUAAAUGUAAACAUGUCAAGGACUCUGUUUCUCAAUCAUUUACCCAUAUCAGGACCAGAUGGGAUCCUUUUUAAGAUAUUUUAGCUUACUUCGUGUUGUCAGUCUCUCUUCAUUCCUUUUUUUUUUCUUUAUGAAAAUUACAAACAAAAAAGUAGGGCUUUGCAUCAAAGCGUAUUGUCCCUAAUCUGUUAUUUUCUUCUUUAGGAGCAAUAAAUGUAUAUUAUUUCCAAACCUAAGGAGCGAUAAAGGUCAACAGCUGUGAUUUCAAUAUCCAAUAUUUCAACACCAAAAUAAUAUAUUCUUAUACUAAAGCUUUAUACGAAGAAAGUUGAAACCAAUUACAACCAAAUAAUGGUGUGACUUAUUUAAAAUUAAUCUCAAACCUUUCGUGCAUGAAAUAUGAUCCCUUGAGUCAGGAUUUUUUUUCCAAAGUGUUUUUGAUUUUGAGUUUAACGUAUUUAAGCAAAUCUAAGGUUAAGCCAUUAGUUAAUAUAGCAAAAGAGAAAUGUGCAUUUAUCAGACCAAAAUUAUUAUUUUCAUAUAUUUUGGCAUUGUUUUUGCAAAAUAUAACCUUUAAAAAUUCAGGCAUACUGCUGUGUGGAAAACAGGUCACCAAAUGAAAGUCUGUGCAUUUCGUUUGUAUAUUUUGUUAAAAAGCUUACAUCUUUAAAAUUAAUUUUAAAAGUUGUUUUGCAAAAUGUAAUUUGAAAAAAAAAAAUCUCAAUUUCUGAGAAAUAAAAUUGGAUACCCAGAUAUAUAUAUUCCUAUUAAUAAUGGCUAGAGUCACACUAGAUGUGUCGUAUGAGUUGCACACAAUAGAAAAACUUUGUUGCUAAAUAUUUGAAAGGACAUUUGCCUGGUUUCCAAAAAUCUCGAGGCUCGUGAGGGAUUUAAAGAGGCAUGAGAAGAAUUAGGAGACCUUUGCUUUCUAAGAAAAACCUGCUGGUCAGACUGAAGGUUGCCAGAGAGAACAUAGACAAAGACUGGAGCGUUUAUAAACGGCAUUUAACAACUGGGCGGGUUUUUUUCUUUUUUGUUGUUUUUUUUUUUUUUUAAACUUGUAAGGCAGGUGUCUCCAUGUAAAAUCAACAGUCACUGGCGUAACGUAUGACAAAGAUGACCUUUAUUUACAUUAAUUCGUUUUAAUAUAUAUUUUUUAACGAGUUUGACCUGCUGGCUGGCGUUGCAGUGACCUUUCCCCUUUGCGUAAAGAUCUGCUGUUUUAACUGAUGAGGAAAACUGAAAAGUGACCCCGAAAAGCCUUAAAACUCUUAGGGUGCGGUUUGUUGACAUAGUGCAGAUUAUCCACGAUGUAAUCCCUUGAUUGUAGUCAAUUUAUUCUCAGACAUCUCAGUUCUGUAAGAUAAAGAGUGGAAAAUGCUCUUGUUAACGUUAGGGUGAUUUAAAUCUGCCUCUGUUCUUGCUCAGAGCCACGUGUCGCCGUCAUUCAUCACCACCUAUUUGUUCUUCAGACGAGUUAAACCUGCUUCACCAUAAAACGCGUUUAACCCAGAGGAUUGUAUGUUUUCCUUCUGAGGUCAUUAAGUUAGAGCUUCUCAGACUCAAAGAGGACAAAACUCUAUUUGCUUCUUUAAAAAAACGUCUUAGAAAGUCCACAUACCCAGGAUGCUCAACUGACUAUUUAAAAAAAAUACCAAGAAAGUCUUAUAAUAACGCCACUGUUUUUAUCUCCUUUUUGCCUUUUUUACCUGAACUUACUAAGAGGAACCAUUUGGUAGAGAAUCCAAAAAUUGUGCUCAAGUCUUUACUGUAUGCGACAACAGUAUUAUAUAGUCAUGUAUUACUACCUUAGCCUGAAUCCAUAAUACUUAUAUAGCAGCUUAUUUCAUAGCAGUUCAAGCAGAUCCUUGACAUUUUAAUAUUGCAUAUAGUAAAAUCAGGACGACAAUAGGGUGUCUUGCAUUGUUUGACUGAAACCUCUUGUCCUUUCUUCAUUAAUGUUUUUUAGGGCCAGCUGAGAAACCAGCUGUCCAACAGUAAAGGCUGUAUAAUAAGGAAGUUAGGCCAAACUAUAAGACAAAGAUAAAUGUACUGUGGAGGCAAAAAUCAAAAGCUAUUCAGUGACAAGUCUGCAAAAAAUGGAAAAACUGAAUAAUAGUCUUUAUUUUGCUGUAGCAGGUAAAAAAUAAUAAGAAACCAUUUUCUAUGGACAUUUGUAGGAAACAUUGGACAUCAUAUUCAACUAAUCACAACACUUCAAAUGGAAGACAAGUUAUAAAAUUUCCAAAAGGGCCAGAUACUCAAUUUCAGAAAAUGUAUUCAUGUCCAAGCUGGACUGUGGGGCAUAAUUCACUAAAUUCAUUUUCAGCUGUCAAAUUUAUGAAAAAAAAAUGUAUGAAACAGAACUAAAUUUGUAUCUAUUUUAUUUUUUUUAAACAACCCAUUCCAAAGUCUGACCUGGGCCUCUUUAAAAUUACAUCACAGAAACUUUACAACAAAUCCCCGCAGGCGUCGGUGAACUGAGCCAACGAGGCGAAGCGAAGUGAGCCGAGAUCCCAGAGGCUGAUGUGAAGAAUUCAAUUCAUGCCAAAGAUGGUUCUAAAUAUGGACAGUGUGGGUUUUUUUUUUUCUAUAAUUGGCUGCCUAUAUUUAUUUAGGUGCAUAACAGCCUAGUUUUUCAGUGACUAAUGCACAUACCCAUGCAAUGUCAAAUAUUCUGUUUUCAUCUUACUCCGGUCUCUGUUGGUUUAAAUGUUUUAUCUUCUCUUUGCUGCUUUGGCACAAAACGUACAUAUCAAACAGGAUUUCAUGUACGGUCUGCUUGAAGGACCGGACGUACGUCUUCAUUCUUCAUUCCUAAUUGUUCUGCUUUGGUGCGCUUGUCCUGAACUGAAAACCCCUGCGAACCUUUUCAGGUGCAGGAACAUUCCCCGGGUUACCACGCACGACUGGAGCCAUUCUUCGAUUUUAUCAUCUCAGUUUGUGACACUAGACUGUAUGUUCGCAACAGAACAGGGACAACGACACCCUGAAAGAGCUGCUGAGAGUGAACGUGGAGAGGCCCGUCAAGAUGCUGCUGUACAACAGCAGAACGCAAACUGUCCGGGAGACGACCAUCACACCCAGCAACACGUGGGGCGGCCAGGGCCUUCUGGGGCUCAGCAUUCGCUUCUGCAGCUUUGAAAGGGCCAAUCAAAACGUUUGGCACGUCUUGGAGGUGGAGCCAAACUCUCCUGCAGGCCUGGCUGAUUUGAGGCCCUACGUUGACUACAUAAUCGGAGCGGACACGGCUAUGCGUGAGAACGAAGACCUGUUCUCUCUCGUCGAAGCGCACGAAGGGAAGGAGCUGAAGCUCUACGUUUACAACACAGACGCAGACAACUGCCGCGAGGUGAUCAUCACCCCAAACUCCGACUGGGGCGGAGAUGGCAGUCUCGGAUGCAAGAUUGGGUUUGGUUACCUGCACAGGAUACCUACGCUUAAGGAGGAAAAGAACUCCCGUUUCCCUUCGCAGAAUCAUAAGGCGUCUCAUAUACCCAAAGACGGCUACACGGAGGUCCAACUCUCUGCUGUCAUUCCAACCGUUCCAGUUGUCGUCUCGUCUUCUGCUCCAACUGGAUUAGAGCAGCCUCUCAGCAGCUUGUCAGUCAGCUCUGAGCCAACGGCUGUCCUCGUUAACACGCCGACAGGAUUUCCCAUCAUCCCACCGCCCAAAGAUGUAAUUCCCAAACAAACGCUCCCUGUGACUAUAAAUGGUGCUGCAACACAACCAGGCUUGAUUCCCCUUUCUGGAGCUAUUCCAGCCUUUCCUAAUCUCCCGAACUUAAACACUGCUUUGCCUGAAGUGGGUCAUGUUCUGCCGCCUGGACUUGGGACACAGCAUGACGCUCUUCCUCCUCUCAACCUUCCAGCCGCAGUUUCCAGUGUUACUCCUUCCGACUUCAUUUAUCCACCCGUUGCUGUUAAUUCACACACCACCAUCUAUCCCUCUUCCACCAUCCACAUGAACAGUUCACUGACCAAAGCCCCCAACCAUUCAUCAGUGCCCAACUCCGGAGCAAUUAAUUUCACUGUAACUGUGGACUCAUCUUAGCACGAGGGAACUCGUAAAGACGACACCUCGCCCUCAAGUCCUUUCACAGCAUAAGCAGUCAGUCGCUGACAAAUGGGUCGUUUAAACCAUGUUUGCAUACGAGCUCCUGGAGGACGCUGAAGAUACAUGCGAGGAGUUUCAGCUGAAUUUAGACACAAUUCAAGGCUGGUACUAUGCAUUUUCACUUGUCCUCAGAAGCCGAUCAUAAAAUGUGGGAAAACUUGAAUGCGGUUGUCGGUAUCAUUUCAUUUUAGUGGUUAGAUUACUGAAAAGUAUCAAGAGGAACAUUUUAAAAAAAAAAAGUAAGACUUUGAACUGCUGAGGAUUUUUUUUCCAGGUUUGUUUGCACUGUUGUAAAACCAUCUUUGAAAAAGAAAAACACAUAAAGUUUGUUAUAAUCUUGA